UCACAGUCAUUGCGCGACGUCGGUAGACUGCGGUAGCGAGGCUCAACACCUCCGUCGUUCGUCGUCAAACGCAUUCUUUUCAAUCCGCUGUACUUGACCCAUUCGAUCGUGUUACUUAACCGGAAUAAUUAUUUCCACUCCGUCCACGCGGCCCGUUGUUUCCAAUUAAAAAAAAAAAUUAGAAAGCUUCAUUAUCGUUACAGUUUCACAGUGUCGAUGUCGGUUUCACUUCUGGACGAGAGCAUUGCAUCGUAAUUCGCGUUUAAGGAAAUUUUUUUACGUGUUAACGGAAUUCGAAGGAAUUUGAAAGGGAGAGGAAUUUGGAGGAAUCUUUUUUUUUUCUUUUUCUUUUUUUUUUUUUUUUUCGUGCGAUGGAAUAUAGUUUUGCAUCGGAGUUGUUGAGUAUUGCGACGAUUUGAACGUAUCGAAGAAAGUGGAAGUGAAUAGAAAGCGAAAGUUCUGCUGUAACAUCCUAUAGUCUGAAAGUCGACGAUCUCUGGACACGGAGGUGCGGUGCGUCGUCCAUGUUUCUUACAGACACCAAUUAACUUAAACUCAACUUGAUCAUCGUUCCCCCUUUCCGUCCCACAAAACGAUAUCUCCAGUUUCACAAUUCCAAGCCUUCGUUAUCCUUUCUCCGCGAAUAAUCGAAUCCAAACCUUUUUCGAAUCAACUUUUCUCCAACGCGUCAUAAAUUCCAAUAACGCUCGAUCGCUUUCUCGAUCCGAAUCAACAUUCCCGCGAUCGAAUCGAAAUAACAAUAAAUAUACAUAUAAAAAAAAAAAAAAAGGAAACAAACGGUGGUGGCGCCUUUGAAUCGCGCGGCGCCGUUUUAAUCGGCCGUCUAUCGGGCGCAGUAGGUGUAGCGGCACGGGGAAUAAAGUUCAAUCGGCAGAUCCAGUCCCCUCGGCUCGGUUCUUCCUCGAUCCGGUCCCUGAAUCGGCGGAGGCCGCAGUGAAUCGAGGAUCGUCGAUCGGUGCGGACGCGUCGUUUCACGGCGGCGAUACAACGCCAAGGACGCGAGAGAGCAGCAGAGCCGGAGGCAUGGUCAUGGACACGAGCACCGUGCGGCUGGUCAUAUUCCUCGGCAUGUUCCUCAUGCUGGCGGGCGACUACACUUACCUGAUCACCGCGAUUUUCGGCCGGUCGGGCGGGCAGAAUAUCACGGAGCCGAGCAAAGGUGGCGAGAGCCAAGGGAGGAGCAACGAUCCCGAGGGCAGGAUAGCCCUGUCCGUCACCAAGAAGAUGGACGAGAAGGAGAACGCAAUUUCACGGCGUGCAAGAAUGAUGACGACGAUCAAGACUGCUUGUUUGCCCAAGCUGAUAUGCGAACUGACCUCGUCCGUCAAUCAGGAUCAGCUAAGCGAAAUGGAAAGGUCCCUGUUAAAUUUAAUCAGGGACACGAGCUUGAGCACGCUGGCGGAAGUGCCCUCGAGGUACCACUUCGCCGCGCAUAUGGGUCAACUGAUAUCCGGCGUGGAAGGUCAAGGAUGCCAUAAUUUCUACCCCACCUGUCCGCUGCCUGGAUCCAGUGUUCUCAACAUGAUGAAGAAGAUUCGAUUGCGCUGACGCGGCGGAAUCGCGUGUCUAAAUGAAAGAGAGAGAGAAAGAGAGAGAGAAAAUGA